ACAGGCUCCACCUCACUUACCCGGCAAGCUAAGAAUCAUGGCUGCUGUGAAGAUGAUGAAGUCCCUGGCUGGGCCAGGAACCGGUGGAUAUCCGUCCGAUAUGGACUGGAUGAGCCGUGAAGUCAGCACAGGGACCACUAUUAUGGCAGUGGAGUUUGACGGAGGAGUGGUUAUUGGUGCUGAUUCUAGGACCACAACAGGGGCCUAUAUUGCUAACAGGGUGACAGACAAACUUACUCCUGUGCAUGACAGAAUAUUUUGCUGUCGCUCUGGCUCUGCUGCUGACACUCAAGCCAUUGCAGAUGCUGUCACUUAUCAGCUGGGGUUCCAUAGCAUUGAAUUGGAUGGGCCUCCUCUUGUACACACUGCAGCCAGUCUCUUCAAGGAAAUGUGUUACCGCUACAGAGAGGAUUUAACAGCUGGAAUUAUUGUGGCAGGAUGGGACAAAAGAAAAGGAGGGCAGGUAUACACGGUGCCUAUGGGAGGAAUGAUGGUUCAUCAGCCUUUUUCUAUUGGAGGAUCUGGUAGUUCCUACAUAUAUGGUUUUGUUGAUUCCACCUACAAGUCCGGAAUGACAAAGGAUGAGUGUUUAAAAUUCACAGCCAAUGCUCUUGCCCUCGCUAUGGAGCGAGAUGGUUCCAGUGGUGGAGUUAUCCGUCUAGCAGCAAUCACAGAAGAUGGUGUAGAAAGGCAGGUUAUACUUGGUAACCAGCUACCACGCUUUCCGCUAGCAUGAUGACCUUUGUUACCUCUUCUCAUUUCCUUGACCCCUCUCACUAUGUGCAGGAUGUAUUUUCUCAGUUGAUUUUCUAAAGCUGAUGUUUAAACAAAUAAAUGCUGGUACUCCAUA